UUUCAGCAAAAUAAUGCGCCCUGACACACUGCGAAAAUUGUUCAGGAACGGUUUGAGGAACAUGACAAAGAGUUCAAGAUGUUGCCUCCAAAUUCCCCAGAUCUCAAUCUGAUCGAGUAUCUGUUGGACGUGCUGGACAAACAAGUCUGAUCCAUGGAGGCCCCACCUCGUAACUUACAGGACUUAAAGGAUCUGGUGCAAACGUCUUGGUGCCGGAUCCCACAGCACACCUUCAGAGGUCUUGUGGAGUCCAUGCCUCGACGGGUCUGAGCUGUUUUGUCAGCACCUACACAGUAGUAGUCAAGUCGUUUUAAUGUUAUGGCUGAUCAGUGUAAAUUCAGAAAGAAAUCAUGUGCGGCUCCUUUAAGACGCUCACGUGAAUGUGAUGUCAUGCCCUGCUCCAGCUCGAACGCUGGUUAAAUCAACAGGAGGCGGACACGCGCGCUCUCCGGCUCACUGCCGCGUCCGCUCUGACAGCUCAGACGCACUUUUCAGGAGGUUUUUAUUGCGAUGCUGGAGCUCGAAUAGCGGCCUGACAGCGACCUAAUUCGGGGGGAUUACUGUCUUUUAUUUGUCAUUACUAGCAGGUGCACAAGGACGUUUGACCAGACACAGACCUCCGCGUUAAUGAAACUUCGCUCCGAUUCCAGAGCUGGAGUUGGCGUACACCAUGUUAAGGUAAAGCCUAAGCUGGCUGUGUUGAACAUGCUAAAGAGGCUGGACAAAAUAAGGUUUCGAGGGUCGAAGCGUGAUGAGUUCCUGGAUCUGGCUGAGUCCCCAACCGCCUCGGAUAACGAAGGCAUGGAGGACAUUCUGAUGAAGCCUCGGCUUUCCUUACGAGACUCAGACGAGCUGAGAGAACCAGCUGGAUCGGGAGCUCUCAGCAUGGCUGCCAUGCAGGACCUGAGAAGCGACUCUGAACGCCUCAAUGAGGUUAAAGGUCAUCUAGAGAUUGCCUUACUGGAGAAGCACUUCCUGCAGGAGGAGCUGAGGAAGCUGCGAGAGGAGACCAACGUGGAGACGCUAAAGCAGGAGCUGGAGAAGGAGCGGUGCAGGAGGCUGGAUUUGGAGCAGAAGAUGAAUGAUGUGCUGAAAGCCAGGUUAGAAGACUCUCCUCCCCAGAUCUCCCGUAAACAACAGUCACCUUCUGCAAAUGGCACAGAGAAACAACAGAAAGAGACACUGUGUUCUCGGCUGCAGAAGUGGCUCUACGACAGGUUCGGGGUUUACAUUGAGGACUUCCGUUUCCAGCCGGAGGAGAACACAGUGGAGCCAGAGGAGCCGCUCAGUGCUAAGAGGUUAACAGAAAAUAUGAGGCGACUUAAGCGGGGUGCCAGACCUGUAACUAACUUCUUGAGGAACCUGUCAGCCUUAUCCAACUGGCACUCAGUGUACACGUCAGCCAUUGCCUUUAUUGUCUACAUGAAUGCUGCAUGGUAUGGCUGGGCCAUUCCUAUGUUCCUGUUUUUAGCCAUUCUGAGGUUAUCCUUGAAUUACCUCAUUGCAAGAGGAUGGAGGAUUCAGUGGAGUAUUGUGCCUGAAGUUUCUGAACCUGUGGAUCCUCCAAAAGAAGACUUGACUGUGUCUGAAAAGUUUCAGUUAGUCCUUGAUGUUGCACAAAAAGCACAGAAUCUUUUUGGAAAGAUGUCAGACGUUUUGGAGAAAAUCAAAAAUUUGUUCAUGUGGGUGCAGCCUGAGAUAACGCAGAAGCUGUACAUUGGUCUGUGGGUGGCCUUUAUCUCCUCCUGCGUCCUGCCCUACAAACUCAUGGGCUUUCUUAUAGGGCUGUACGCAGGCAUCAAAUUCUUCAUCAUCGACUUCCUGUUUAAGAGCUGUCCCAAGCUGAGGGACAAGUACGACACACCGUACAUUGUGUGGAACAACCUGCCCACAGACCCCCAGCUUAAAGAGCGCAGCAACGCCACCAUGUCCAGACGGAUCCCGCCGGUGGUGUCGCGGGGUAGCUUAGCAACCAUUCCCUCAGGAAUGACUAGAGAGGACGACAGUGGCCGCUCACAUAACACCAAGAGAGGAGCCUUCCAUGAGAUCUUCAACCUGCCAGAGACAGAAAGGCCUCUCCCUGUGUGCGAGAAUGGAUGGAGGUGCUGUUUGAUCAAUCGGGACCGGAAAAUGCCCACUGACUACAUUCGCAACGGUCUGCUCUAUGUUACUGAAAACUACUUGUGUUUUGAGAGCUCCAGUUCCAGAUCAGGCUCCUCCAAAAAGAAUAAAGUCAUAAAGCUUGUGGACAUCACAGAUAUCCAAAAGUAUAAGGUUUUGUCCGUUUUGCCUGGGUCAGGAAUGGGAAUCUCUAUUGCCACGCCCUCAACACAGAAGCCCUUGGUGUUCGGUGCCAUGAUCCACAGAGACGAGGCGUUCGAGGCGAUCUUCACUCAGUACAUGAAGAUUGUGACCACAGGCUGCCACGAGACCUAGCGCAUCAUUAACCCUACGGAGAAGCUUCCACUUCUCUCACUGUCUUCUCUCGCUUGUUCCUAUCUCAAUGAGCAGGCUGGAACUGAUCGGUUUAGUUGGCUGUGGCUAGAAGAUCUCACGUGAUGGUUGAGAGCAAACAGCAACACAUUCCUGUGGAGCGUUUUUCACACUGAUGGCUCGGGGGGAGGAGGCUGGACCUCCUCUCCUGCCUGACUACACACAGCAGAGUGUAAAGCUGCAUGUAGACUUAUGUGGUACUCGUGUUUUUGAGCAGCCGUUCUGAUUGUGUGUUUAUUUGUCAAGGCUUUGCUUUGUAAUGCCUGUCGGGUGAGCGUGCAAGGAGGUCAUUAACACCUUGCAAAUUACAGAUGAAGCCUGUUUGUGUUAGUUUACAUUGUUACACUGCAUACACAAACACACAACACAUGCACAUAAAGCACAUUUAACCCACCACUGAUUAACAGCGUGCUUCAGAUGUCUUUUUGCAUCAAAAUUUGUGCUACGUAGCACUGUAGGGAAUCAGUGUAGUUUCAAAUGUGACGUGUGUGUAAACUGCCUUUCUUUAUAGUCAUCUUUUUUGAUAAUAGCUAGGAAAAUGAUUGAUAUUUGGAUUACUGACUGAUCAAACGAAUGAAUUGGAUCGGAUCUGUUAUAAAUAAUGUCGUCAGAAAUUUUUAAUCUCAAACAUCACAGCAUUAGAGGUCUUUAAUUGUAGCACAUUCAAACAUUUUUAACCUGUUUAGAGGUGUUGCAUCAUACAGGUGCAAUCAAAAGUAUUCAACCCCCACUGAAAUCAGGUUUAUUGUCAAAAUGUACAGACUUUCAGCUGUUUGCAAUGAACAACUCAAACAAAAGUAAUUGAAAUAGUUUAACACAACGCAUGCUUCAAGUGGUUUCCCCAAAUUCAGCUGAAAAUGCAACUUAUAAUGACUUUUCCAGUUUCGAAAUUAUUCAACCCCUUCAUUCCAAGCAUCUUUAGUACUUAGUAGAGCACGCUUUUGCUGUUAUGACCUGCUGCAAACGAGAUGCAUAGCUUCUGGCAGCGUUCCUGAGGAAUCUUAUCCCAUUCCUCAUGAGCAACGGCCUCCAGUUCAGUAAUAUUCUUGGGUUUGCAUGCUGCAACUGCCUUCUUCAAAUCCCACCAGAGAUUUUCUAUGGAGUUCCAGUCAGGUGACUGUGAUGGCCCUGUAGAAUCUUCCAGGACUUCUUCUGCAACCAAGCCUUGGUGGAAUUUGAGGUAUGCUUGGGAUCAUUGUCCUGUUGGAAGGUCCAAUGACACCCAAGCUUCAGCUUCCUCACAGAAGGCAUGAGGUUUUCUCCUAGGAUUUCCUGAUACUUCACUGAAUCCAUCUUGCCUUCCACAUGUUGCAGGUUUCCAGUGCCAGAGGAUGCAAAGCAGCCCCAGAGCAUCACUGAGCCACCACCAUGCUUGACUGUGAAUAGAGUGUUCUUUCUUCAUUCUUCUUCCUCCAGACGUACCGCUGAUCCAUCGUGCUGAAAAGUUCCAGUUUUGUUUCAUCACUCCACAGAACAGAAUCCUAAAACUUCUGUGACUCAUUUAUAUGAUUUUGAGCGAAUUUUCUUGUGCUUUUGGGUCAGUAGUGGUGUACGUCUUGGAGUUCUGGCAUGGAAACCUUCUGUGUUUAGUACGCGCCUUACUGUGCUCACUGAAACCUCAGUACCUGUUGCACCAGGUCUUGCUGCAGGUCUUUUGCAGUCACUCGAGGAUUUUUCACAACCUGCCUUCUCAAAAAUCUGGUUGCAACCGUUGAUAGUUUACUUUUUCUGCCCUGAACAGGUAUUUCACGUACUUUCUACCCCUAACCAGUUCAGGUAUUUCAUGUGUUCCAGUUCAAGCACACCUGGUGCAAUUAACAAAGCCCUUGAUUAGUUGAAUCAGGUGUGUUUGAGACAGCACCUGUUUUGCAUAUUUGUGCUGUUGUGAGGGAUUCUAUUCAGGGGGUUGAAUAAUUUUGAAACUGGCGAAACCAUUACAAGUUGCAUUUUCAGUUGAAUUCGGGGAAACCACUUGAAGCAGUCCUUAUGUUAAACUAUUUCAAUUACUUUUGUUUGAUUUGUUCAUUGCAAACAGCUGAAAGUCUGUACAUUUUGACAAUAAACCUGAUUUGCAAUGGGGGUUCAAUCAUUUUGAUUGCAACUGUAUGUCAUUUUAGAAUAAACCUACAGUAUGUAGAUGCAGAAGUAUUCUAAUCACCCUAUGCAAAGUACCAAUAGUAGUCAUUAAACUAAUACUACGAAUGCUCAUUUUUCCAGGAGAAAGGAAGUUUUGUAACUUACAGAUAUGAUUGCUAAGACUGACAGUUUCUCCAGAGAUGAGGAAUAUGCUUAAAACUAGACUAAUAAUGUUGUGGAGUUAUAUUAACUGAAUAGUUGGAGAAAGACCACACAUGACCACACAUCUCUACCUUCUUGCUAGUGAAUUCCCAUCUCUCUCUUUAUCCACUAGUGAUGAGGUUUCUGCAUACACACACACACACACACACACACACACACACACACACACACACACCACCUCCUUGUCUCCUCUCUACUAUUCAACACCCAACUCAGUCUUUAGUGGGCUCUCUAGCAUAAAGCUGAAUAGGCUCAGAACGCUCAGAGUUCUCUGCUCGUUUAUGCUUCCACUAUCACACACCGUGUCAUUUAGUUCAAUGCGAGGUCUUCACUCGCAAGCCAUACAAUACAUUGAGCUCCCUGGCUACAUUUUCAGCCUUGAAACAUUGAAUCAAUCUGAGCACCUUGUUUUUGUAGAUGAAGUAUGAAUGCCAGAUCAGUUCACAGCGGGGAACGCCAAUGCCAGAUACUGACCUAGAAACUAACGUCAGCUCAGCAACCCACCGGCAUACAGUAUAUAUUCUGCCAUUUUGAAUCUGGAGACGCAACAGGCUUUUUAGAGACCACUAUCUAUAUCAAAAGCUUGCUUGAAGGCUGUUCUGGGCACGCAGAGAAAGUCUCGGCUUUCAUACUGUGUCAAUAUUGUUAUGAAACUCAAACAAAUAUCGAUUGGCCCUCAAACAUGGUAUGAGGCAUUUUCUACCUUUUAGAAUGCUGCAUUUAUCUCCAGAUGCUAGUGAAUAUUUGUUUCAUUCUCAUCCUCCUCUUCUCCUUUUUAAAAAAAAAAAAAAUAUAUAUAUAUAUUUUAUUUAUUUAUUUUUUACAAGUUGCAGCAAAACCCACUGAAUGCACAGCCAUGGGCUCGUUUCAGUGAAACGUACCGUUUCUCUUGAUAUCAGUCAAUGAUUAAUAACAGUGUUCCACCCACAUGAUGAAGAGUGUGUAUGUCUGAAAAGUGUUAACGCCUCCUUAUUCUUGAUUUAAUUGUCUAACUAAGACCGCACACUUUGAGGCCUCACAGCUAUAGAGUCCCCGGUUCCCCUCCGAGCCGGUUUACUGUCGGUGUGUAGUUUUGCCCAAAAACAUGCUAGUAUGUGGACUGGCUACUCUAAAUUGCCUCUAGUGUUUUAUGUGUGUGUGUGUGUGUGUGUGUGUGGUGCCUUGCAAUGGACUGGGUGUGCAUCCCUGCUUCAUGCCCAAUGUUCCUGGGAUAGGCUCUAGCUCCACCAUCAGCCUGACCAGGGCAUAAAGCCGAGACUUCCUUUACGCCAAAUGUAUUAAAAUGUGCUUCUGGGUUACAGUGACUCACAAUGAUGGCGUAGGUCACAUAUGUUUAUAACAGACUGAGCGAGUCACUAAGAGCUGUGUGUAUGACCCUGUGUGUCGAAAUGCAAAUAUUCAGCUUGAGCAAAUGUCACAUCUGUUGUUGUGUUUUCAUUGGAGAAUUAUUUGACACUUUGCUCCUGAUUAUUCUGGUCACUGACGUCAGCUGUAUGUUAUUGAAAGUACAGUAAUAUGAAACUUGAGCAGUCAAUGCUCGCAGAAGGUUCCGAGUUUAAAUCCUAGCACUGGAACAGACCCACGCUGAAGACCUUUAACCCACGACAUGCUCAGAUGGAAGCUUGGUUCAUUUUCUGCACACUUUCGCUAAAAGAGUCUAUAAAGCAAGUCCAUAUAAAUGUCCCAAAGCUUUUAACUCUUCUUUUUUUUUUUUUUUUUUUUUUUAAUCGGACAUUUCUGGUCAGAGUUGUCCUGCACUUGCACUAAACAAGCACAGAUUGUAUUGUCUGAACACUAGUUUUGCCAAAUAUUUCUUGGUUUGUUCUUCUCUCUCUCUCUCUCUCUCUCUCUCUCUCUCUCUCUCUCUCUCUCUCUUUCUCUCUCUCUCUCUCUCUCUUUCAUGCACUCUUUUUAUUUUUAUUUUUAUUUUUAUUAGCCAUGCUCUGUGUAAAACAGAUGUUUACAUGAAGGUUUGAUUUAAAUCCAUGUCCUGCCUCAGUUUGAACCCACAGGGAUAUGAGAACGGAGGCGAAAGCAGUUGUUGGAUGGUCACUGGUUGUCACUGUGUCUCUCCAGUUCUGUGCUUAACACUGGUGUGAUAGUUAUAUAUACAGUACUGUGCAAAAGUUUUAGGCACAUGCAAAGAAAUGCUGUAGAGCAAAGAUGCCUUCAAAAUAAUGAAACGUUUCUACAUUUUAAAAAAAAAUACAGUAAAGUGCAGUAAACAGUAGUAAAUGAAACAAAGUCAAUAAUGAAAAUAGUCGUCUCCGGUACAAUGAGUGCAGUUUUAUAAGGAAAUGAGCUGUAAGUGUUAUUGAGCAUCUUGCAGAAUCAGACACGGUUCUUCUGGAGACUUUGACCGUCGCACUCGCUUCAUAUUUUUGCAGCAAAACCCAGCAGCUUUCAUUGUGUUUUUUGUCUGAAAAGUGUCUCUUAUGAAAUUUGCUGCUUUCUUUACUGACAUACAAACAUUUUUCUGUAGCAUUUAAUUUUGUGCUAGAAAACUAAUGUUUGGGAAUCUAACAUGUUUUUGUACUGACUCGAUAAUGUAGACGUCACAAAAUAAAAUAAAGUUUGUGCUAGAAAAAAAAAUAGGGUACCUAAAACGUUUGCACAGUACUGUGUAUUAACUGAUAUAUUUGUUUUAACUGUGUGCAAAUGUUUGCUAAAUAUUUUUUUAUAAAGAUUAACACACACAAUGUACUGAAGAAAUAGACGUUUAUAUUGUCGAGGUGUGCGAGUUAUUAUUAUGCUAUUUAUGUCGCAGAAGUAAAAUGAUGAUUGAAGAGAAGUAAAAGGGGUUUAUAUUCGGUGCAAUGGCGUAACAUUAGAACCACAUUUUUGUUUUUGAAAAGAACUGUGUGUCUGUUAUAAAAUCAUAAUGUGGUGUAUGUUUUGUAAUGGAGUAAAUAAGAUUUAAAAGAUG